GAGAUAAGAUGCAUGAGAGCGGGCUGAUUUUCUCGUGUCUUUCGUAUUCAUAAGCGGUAUGAACAUGAACACCUUUGCUUCGUUUUCCAAAGCCGUACGAUUCUCUCUCCAUCAGUUACACCGAAAUGCAUAUCGUGUCAAGUGGUGGGGAUAUCUCAGUAUCCCACCACGUUCUACUGCUCACUACCGCCUUUACCCCUCUACUGGACCCUACUCCUAUAUUAGUCCUACUAGCAGUACUAGCCCUCUACUGGCCGGCUAGUGGCUAGUCUCUGCCAGUCUCUGGUCUCGGGUUCUCUUAGUCCGAUACUCGUCACUGACUGCGUCGGACACAGAGGCAGACUAGUAUAGGUUCUCUGGGCAAACUUAUGAGAACGGUGUCAGUGUGUGUGGACAGUACAGUACGCGCGGUAUAGGCGAACCGUCUGGAACCGUCUCGUGGCCGGGUCCGCAUCCGCAGUGUCCGUACCUCCGCAAACGUGGCGAUCACGUGUACGAGUGCUCUCGCGCGUGUGGAACUACCGGUCGGGAUUCGCGCAGCGUUUUUCGGGCAACGUUAUUUUUUCUCGCUCUUGCUCCGCGAAUAUCGGUGCGUGGUGUUACGCGAACAAGAUGUUCCAGUACUCCGAGCGGUAUCAAGCGGAUUAUCCGCUGCUCGCUCCGCCGAUGAAUGAGCUAUUCAUACGUGAUCGAGCGACGCGCAUCGAAUGGGAAACCCGUGCCAUGGAAACUAGUUUCAGUGGAUUUCCCUACGACUACGCUCGACCGUAUGUCGAUUCUUCAAUUCUUCUUACUAAUGACCGAUCCCUGGAGGGUCCGAUUGGACCAAAUUUUCUCUUUCCCGAGGAGGAACUCUUUCCCGAACACGAGCUUCAAGCCGUGGAGAGAGGCGAGGUGUUAUCGCCGCUAGGACGUCACGAAGCACUGAUGUAUGCAAUAAGAAACUUUGAAGAACCUUCUAUCAAUGUUCAAAAUGCCACAACAUAUCCAAGCACCAUUUUUGACAAUGAACUGGCGAUUCCACAGGGCUGGGAUGAUGAUAUUAUGAUGCGAUCUAUAUCAUCCUGUCCUACUAACUUUCCUGAGCAAUAUUACUCGGAGUUAUUACAGAAUGCGGACGCUUCAACUGUAAACAUGGAUUUACCUGAUGUAAAUGAGUCGGAUACAAUAAUAAACCAACCCUUUGGAUUAAUACUAAAGGAAGAAAAACAAAACACAGUUGAUAUUAAGGAAGGUGUUGAUAUUAAGGAAGAUGUUAUAUCCGAAAUAACUGAUAAUAAUAAAAUGAUGACGGAUAUAAAAGUUAAAAGUGAACAAGAAACAAAAGAAAAAGAAUUGAAAUGUCCAUCAAGUAAUACUCUGCCUGUAUCUCGAAAAAUAAAUGAGAGAAAUACAAAUAUUAGGAAGAAAAAUCAAAAUGUAAAAGGAAAAAGGAAAAAGAAAGAAAAUUCAAUUGCAAUAAUUAAUAAAAAAGUCAAGUUAGAGGAACAAGAAGAUGUAGAUGUUGAAACCGUACCAAAAGAAGAAGUACCAGUACUAGAAGCAGUCGAUGCAACGAGUUUGUUAGAAAAAUUUGAGGCUUCUCAAAAUUCAAAUCCACGCAAUAAAUUGGUCAUUAAAAAUAAUCGCACUUAUGACACGAGAUCAAACAAACCGUGCCAAGUAACACAAGAAUGUCGGAUUAGCGUAUCGGAGAAAUCCGUUUCGCAAGCUUCCACUCUACAAAAGAGUGCACGCAACUCAUUAUCCCAAGACGUACUCGAUAAAAUAAAGGCAUCUGGACGUAAAAAAACUAUUCCGAUAAUACCUGCUAUGCCAAAUAUACAAGGUGGGAAUCGUCGUAACAGUAUACGAACGCAAAACAGAGCUCCUCGUAACAAGAUUUUGAAGACAAGUUCUAUAGUAACGAACGAUGCUAAGAGUAGCACAUUCAGUAAUAUCUCGGUACAGUUGGAUCACGAUUAUUGUAGCAGUCUUCCCAAUUUCUCUGUCCAUACUAAGAGCUGUAAUAAUAACAAAACUACGAAACCUAUAUCUAUACAAAAAUCGAGCCAAAAUAAGAAUUCUAGCAUAAUUGAGGAACGUCAGAAUAGUCUCACUUCAAAUGUAUACUACAAUUUGAAACCGGUUAAUGGCAUUAACAGGAAAGCUCACAAGUUAGCAGCCUUACAAGAUAAAACGAUGAAAGAUAAUUUGCUUGAAAAUAAUCACGAAGAUUUUCAAAAGGAGACGCUUUUAAAACAAUCUCAUGAUUCAAGUAAUUUAUCAGUUAAAAAUAUAAAUUUGAACGAAUCUUCUACAUUUUCUGCCACACUUCAAAUGCCCAUUCGUUCAGCUUUAGCUAACAGAAUCUUGCAAUCGAGUGGUAUGUUACCUAAAACAAAUAUUGUACAAACGAAUUCUAAAACACAGCGUAUGAUUUCUGUACUGAAGAAUCCGCCAAACGCAUCACAAUCACCGUUGUCAACAAAUAAUUCUAAUGAAAAUAUAGUGACCACUACAAAUAGUUUAAACAACGAAGUACAAAAUAUAAAUGUACAGAGUACUCAAAACACGUUGCUAGAAGUGAAGUUGCAUGAAGAAGUAAAGACCGAUCUAUCUCGUAGAGUCAAAAUAAGUUUUGAAGAAUAUCGAAUUAGGAAAACAUCAAACAAAUCUCCCACUCAGAUUCCGGAUCCUACGGAAGUAGUGCAUAUCUAUACUGCUACCACUAUGACAGAACUCAUAAUCAAAGAUGAUGGUAAUGUUGAGAUUUCGUGUGUAAGAGAUAUAUUUCCAGUCAUUAAAAAGAAAUCAGAGAUAGAAGCAGAAAAAAUCAAGCCAAAACCACCUACUUGUGAUGCAGAAGCACAAACUUACGAAACUAUGUUUGAAUGUUCCACAAACGCAGUGACGGAUGUUAUGGAGAAAGAUGAAAAAAAGGAGGAAAGUACAAAGAAGGAAGAACAAGAGUCCUGCAAAAAACUCUCUCGCAGUUUAAGUCGAUCUAGAUCAAAAGACAAAAGUAGGAAUAAGACGAGCAGAAGCAGGAGCAGAAGCAGGAGCAGAAGCAAGAGUAGAAGCAGGCGUAGAAGCAGAAGUAGAAGCAGAAGGAGUAGAGAUAGAAAGAGAAAUAGAAGCUACAGCAAAAGUAAUAGCAGGAGCCGAAGCCGAAGCAAGAGCAGGACUAGAAGUAGAAAUAGGAACAGAAGCAGAAGCAGAAAUAUUAAUACACGUAGUAGAAGCACAACCAGAAGCAGAAGUAGAAGUAGGAAUAGAAGUCGGAGUAGGUCUCGUCGACGUAGCAAUACCCGCCGACGAACAAUAAGUCAUCGACGCAGUUCUGUCAGCUCAACCAGCAGUUAUUCAUCUCGCUCACCUUAUUCAACGAAAUACUCACAUUCACGUUCCAGUUCUCGAUCCCGCAACCGAUCUCGAUCUAGAUCCAUAUCCAGAUCUAGAUUUACCAGGCAACAUUAUUCCAGUCAUUCAAGAAAUUAUAACAGUAGGUCUCCACCGUCUUCGAAUAAUUUCGGUAGAAAUAGAUGGUCUAAUCAUCGAGAAAGAAAUCCCAGCGAUCUUGAAAGACCUUAUAUGUAUGAGAGAUCAUAUUCCUUCGUUACCACCAAUCAUUAUAGAAGUCGCAGUAGAUCGCCGUUACGUCCUUAUCACAAACCCUAUGAAUACACUUAUAACAAAGUAAAAAAGAAGGAAAUAGACGAACGGAGAGUGUUAUAUGUGGGACGCAUAAACGAAGGAAUUACCAAAACUGAUCUACGUAGAAGAUUUGAGGCAUUUGGACCUAUUGUAGAUGUUAGUUUACAUUUUCGUGAACGCGGCGAUAAUUACGGUUUCGUCACUUUUGAGUACAGAAAUGAUGCGUUUGAAGCUAAGGAGCACGGUAAUGACAAUCCGUCUUUACCUAGAUAUGAUAUAUGCUUUGGGGGUCGUAGAGCCUUUUGCAAUUCCACGUAUGCUGAUCUUGACGAUAUGAGGAGUAACACUCCGAGAUUGUCUCAAGGAAAUGAAGAGGCAUCCUUCGAUUAUCUCUUAAUGCAAGCCAAAAGCAUGAUGAAAGAAAAUAAAAGAAAAGCUUGACAUACGUAUUGUCUAAUAGUUUUAAAUAUAGUUUAAACAAUUAUGAACAUAAUUAAAGUAAAUUGAAAGAAGAAACGCACCUGUAUCUAUCCUUAUGCAUACGGUGCAUGUAUACAGUGUGUUUCGAUGCUGCUCCUUUACUACAGUAAAUAGUAAAUAUUAAGCCGCGUACUCACCAAUGGAGCGAGUACCUACGAGCGUGCAACAACGAGCGUUUGCCCAUAUUUACAUAAAUGCUCGCUCGUGUUCGAUCGAAAUAUUUGCUCUACGUCCAUACUGGCACAAAUUCACUCCUGUUUAAAAUUUGACGAACAAUGGUAUAAGAAUGGUAUCAAGAGAUACGGCAGUAUCUCAUGCCAAGCAGCGCCAAGUUAUACGUAAAUCAUUUCACCUUUGAUUCUAGCUUUUGAAAAAAAUAUACACUUAAUUUAUCAAUGCGUUAUUCCUUAAUCGAAGUUAACAGAAUUCUUUUUUAAUAUUUAUUGAUUGACUAUAUA